UCGUGCAGUCUGCAGCGGACUCCGUGAGCAGGUCCACCUGGUCUGGUUCUGCCUCCUCUCACUGUGCAGCACUGAAAACCAGCAUCCUGCACACAGGUGUGAAUUGGGACUUUUCUCUCUUCCCCAUCACGUCGGCGCUCUAAGUGACUCCACAGGGCAGAAACAGGCGCUCACACACACAUAAACACCCACACACACUGACAGCUGCCGUCGUUACCUGGAGACCUUCACUAUCUGGACAGCAGUAAGGCGAAAUCUCUUCCCAUCCCCCGGUUCUGAUGGCAGACGGUCGGCAGCCCGAGGACAGCGCCUCCCAGUGGGCAUCGCCCGGAACCCAGGACUCCUCCAGUCCCGUGGGAGAGAAUGGUUUCCCCUACAGGACGUGCCAGCCUGAUGCUGCGCAUGCCACCACCGCUGCCUCCUACGCCAAAGAGAAUGGCUUUAACGGAGACCUGCCCUCGGGCCAUGAAGUUACUGCAGAGCAAGUGUCUGCGCGCAUCGUGCAGGAGGUGACGGCUGAGGCGGUUGCAGUGCUGAAGGGAGAACAGGAGCUCCAUCCAGGUACAGCCGUCCGACUCUCCUCAGUGGAAGAUUCAACCAAUUUGCCACCUUCUCCACCUCCAUCUCCUGCAGCUGAGCACUUUGGCCCUCUGGAGCAAGAUGUAGGGGAUGAGGAGGAGGCUGGGCCUCUCUGCCGCUUCCAAAAUUCUCGGGAGAGGUGCAAGUUCCUCGCCCCCUCCAUCUCAGUUUCAGUGCCCGAGGAUGAACCCUACUACUCUGACGAGGAGUACUAUGACCACCCCUUAUUCAGCCCUGAGUGGACACUCUCGGGCUCACGCCCUUCAGGGCAGGCCGCUGCCUUUAGCCAGAUUGAAGAAGAAGAGACCAUAGAGGCUCUCUCCGCAGCAGAGGAAGAUGAGAACAUUGCAGCAGCAGCAGCUUUAGAGGAGCAGGAGGAAGAGGAGGAGCAGUGGAGUGGGGAGGAGCCUGAGCAAGAACCCAUAUCCAAGCUCUUAGAGCAGGCAGAGGUGGUAGUCGGGGGCCAGACUUUGCCCUAUCUGCAGGCUGAGGACCAAGCACUUACUGCUGGCCCUGGAGCUCCUAAUGGGAGCACUGAGGAAACAGGGAGGGGCGAGUGCCCUGAGAAAGCCGUGAAGAUGGAUGCUGAAAAGCCAUGUGGUGAGAGGACUGCGCCAGUCAGCAUGGAUUUCACUCAGUCAGAGGUGCACCCAGAGGAUCUCACCUCUUACCAGAGUGUUGUUCCUGGCAAAGAAAUUCCAGAUGCAUCAUUACCCAGCCUAAGUGACACGGAUGCUUUUGCUGUUCCCCCAAAUGGUCAGACCCAUGCCAAAGAGCCCACAGUGAAUCCUGGUCAAAAGCCUGUCUCACCAUUCAACAUUGAGACACAAGCUUCUACAGAUGUAGUUUCUUCAGACUCAAGUAUGUCUCAAACACAGGGGAAGCAAUUACUAGAAUCCACAUCUACUGGAGACAAGCAGAUAGAUGUUACAGUAAGUGCCAAAAGUCCAGAAGUGCCUGGAAAAGAGUCUGCUAGCUUAGAAAAACAGGAAGAAGAAAUUAUGGACAAGUCUGGAAUGUCUGCUUAUUUUGAAACAACAACACUGAAAUCGGAGGAGAUGAGGGGACAAGGUGAAGGUUAUUAUGAGCUUAGUACUGCAUCAGAUGAGACUAAGUCUGCCUCUGCCAUUUCCUCAGUUCCAGAAAUUAGCUACAGUACCCUGGCUCAAUCCCAGUCUGUCGAUGAAAAACAGGAAAGUCAAAAGGGUAUUGAAGAGCAACAAAAGGUCAUCCCGUCAUCUGAAAAAAGGGAUGAUUGCAGGCUCUCUCCUGGAAAGUUGGCCUUGGAACAAAGAAGUUAUUCCCUGAAUAUCACCAUUGGAGCUAUGGACCAGAGUGGAGGACAAGGACAACCCAGAAACUUCUCCCCAUUAGCAACUGACAUCAUGUCUUAUACCAGUGGAAGCCUUGAUGAACCUGCUGACUACCUUCCCAUCACAACACCAUUAGUGGAGAAACCCCCCUCUUUCCCACCACUAAUACUGGAGACAUCAGCAUCUGUCACCACUCCAUCAGCUUCUCCACCCCAUGACACAGCAACUGAUAUCAAGACACCAAGUCCACAGCCUGAAUCCCCAGAGUCUCCCUUACCUAAUAGGUUCAACUAUAAGAAUGGUGCUGUGAUGGCACAAGAUCUGCCUGAAAUGCUAGACUUGGCAGGUACCCGUACAAGACUAAUGUCCGAUAACGCUGAUCCUGAGAUUAUAAGAAGGAAAUCAGUCCCUGCUGACAUGCCAACCCUUGUGAGUGACUCCUUAGCCCAUUUGUUUCAGGGUCAGCGAGUUGCAAAAAGUGAAACUCAAUUGGAAGAACAUGGAUACUGUGUUUUUAGUGAAUACUCUGGUCCCAUGCCAUCUCCGGCAGAUGUUCACAGUCCACUGGAUUCUCCACCAACACAAAUUUUCAACAGAAUGAUAUCAGAGGAGAAAGAGACAAUUCCAGCUGCAAGUGGACAGGAACGCCCAUCAUCUCAAGUUCUAAAAGAAGACAUUCCCCCAGACACAGAGGAAGAAAAGGAUGCAAGAGAAAAACCGUGCAAGAAAAAUGGUGCUGAGGUAGAACAGCCAAACCAACAAGUUGAAACUUUAGCCACUCCAACUGUUACUGUUACUUUGGAAGGAGUGAAGACUGAUCUUGAUGCAGAGGCCAAACUUGCAGCAGAAAAGGAGGCUGAAAUAGCUGAUUAUGAGAGGCAAAUUCGCAAGCUAGAAAUGGAAGACAGACCUUUAAGUGUUGAGGAGGAGAGGGAGCUACAGGAGCUACGAGAGAAAGUGAAGAAUAAGCCAGAUUUAGUGCACCAGGAAGCCUAUGAGGAGGUAGAUGCUGAGGAUGUUUACCAGCUCACUGGAGUUGCCAAGGACAGGAUUGCUAGACCAAUAAGACCAUCGCCAACAUCAUCAGUGGAGAGUGCUACUGAGGAAGAAAAAGUGCAUGUUGAUACAGAGAAACUUAAACCAGCACAAGAUGGUCAGAAAGCAGAGCCUGUGAAAUUGUCUCCUGUUGACUCUGUUGAGAAACCCAGUAAAGAUGAUAAAAUCCUAGACCAACCUGGCAAGGAGAAGGAGACUGUUGAAGAAAAACCACAGUUGGAAGCUGCAAAGGCAGAGGAUGUUUCUGUCUCCACUUCAGUGGUACAAAGUGCAGAAGAAGAAAUAGAACUAGCUGAAGAACCUAAGGAGUGCAUUCAGGAAGAAAUAGCAGACAAGCCUUUAGAUUUGCCAAAUGUGCCUGAGAUACCAGAGAAGGUUGAACCACAAAAGACUGAAAUGGUUAAAUCUGAAGUAAAGCAGAGUGAAACAGUUGAAGCAGAGCUUGUUAAGAAAGAUGAAGUGCCUGACGUUGUAGGAAAAUAUGUAGAGCCUAAAGGUCUCGAGAAAGAUGAAGAGCCCAAAGAUGUUGAGAAACAUGAAGAGCCCAAAGGUGUUGAGAAAGGUGAAGAGCGCAAAAUUGUUGAGGAACAUGAAGAGCUCAAGGUUGUUGAGAAAGAUGAGAAGCCCACAGUUGUUGAGAAGGAGGAAGAACCAACAGUUGUUGAGAUGGUUGAAGGGCCAAAAGUUGUUGAGAAAGAUGAAGAGCAUAAAGUUGCUGAGAAAGAUGACGGGCCAAAAGUUGUUGAGAAAGAUGAAAAGCCAAAAGUUGUUGAGAAAGAUGAAGAGGACAAAGUUGCUGAGAAAGAUGAAGUGCCCAAAGGUGUUGAGAAAGAUGAAGAGCGCAAAAUUGUUGAGGAACAUGAAGAGCUCAAAGUUGUUGAGAAAGAUGAAGCGCCCAGAGUUGUUGAGAAAACUGAAGAACCGAAAUUGGAAGGGGUAGGGGCAGGAGCAGGGGCAGCAGUACAAGAAACCAUAGAGCCCCGAGCUGCUAUUGAGUCAGUUGUAACAGUGGAAGAUGACUUUAUCACUGUGGUGCAGACCAUUGAUGAACGAGAGGGACCUGGGCACAGUGUCCGGUUCUCCACUCCUCCUGAAGAAGAACCACCUCAAAUGCUUCAAGAUGAAGAAGAGGAAGAAGAUUCUAUUGAAAUGGCACAAGAAGCAGAGAUGGAGGCUGCUAGCCUGGAGGAAGUCCAGGAUGUUCCAGAAGCUGUACAGGCCCCUGUGUGUCCGCCAAAGGAGGUCCCAGAGAGCGAGGGUCCGACUGAGAGCUAUGAUGACUACAAGGAUGAGACCACCAUUGAUGACUCCAUCUUAGACAGCUCAUGGGUGGACACUCAAGAUGACGAUAAGAGCAUGGCCACAGAGCAAAUUGAGCCUCUUCCAAGAAUGGCAAGCCCUGCCAAGAAACCAUCGACUGAGAAGCAGCUCAAACAGAAGGCUAAAGCAGGCAGAGCCAAAGGCCGAGUUUCCACUCCGGAACGCAAACCCAUCUGGAAAGAUCCAGGACUGGUCCAGAAAGAUGAGCUGAAGAAGAAAAAAGCUGUGAUUAAGAAGGUUGAGGUCACAAAAAAAUCUGAAAAUCAGAGCCGCUCUCCCUCCAGGAAGAGUGUUUUAAAGGCCGCCGUAAGGCACCCUAGAGCUACCCAACAUCACAUCUGUGCUAAGCGGAAACCCACAGUAUCAGCAGAUGGACGGCUGCCGUUCAGCUCGGCACGACAUUCCAGAGACAGGGCAUCUGAUGGAGGAUCUCGGAGCCCCGAGAAGAGAUCGUCUCUGCCUCGGCCCGCCUCCAUCCUGACACGGCGCACGCACACCAGUGAACACGAGGAGAGCUCCACCUCCAUCACAAGCUCUGGAUCAACAGCACCACGCAGGCCCACAUCUUUCCGUACUGAAGUCAGAGCUGAACACAGGACAGGUCGAUCCUCCAGUAUGACAGGCAUGGAGUCGAUGCGUUCCCGCUCUGCUCGCUCCGGCACUUCCACUCCCCGUACUCCCGGCUCCACGGCCAUAACUCCCAGCACUCCUCCCAGCACGUCCUGUCGCACCCCAGGCACCCCACGCACCCCGGGCACCCCCAAAUCCCUCAGCCUUCUCUCACAGGAGAAGAAGGUCGCCGUCAUCCGCACGCCCCCGAAAUCUCCUGCCACGGCGUCCAAGCAGCUGCGUGUCAUCAACCAGCCCAUGCCUGACUUCAAGAACAUCAAAUCCAAGAUCGGCUCCACAGAUAACAUCAAGUACCAGCCUAAAGGAGGACAGAUACAGAUUCAAUCAAAGAAGCUUGAUCUCAGUCACGUGACCUCCAAGUGCGGCUCGCUGGACAACAUCCACCACAAGCCAGGUGGCGGCAAUGUGCGCAUUGAGAGCGUAAAGCUGGACUUUAAGGAUAAAGCCCAGGCUAAAAUUGGCUCUUUGGAGAACGCCCAUCAUGUACCAGGAGGAGGCAAUGUGAUGAUUGAGAGCCACAAAUUGAUGUUCCGUGAAACAGCGAAGGCUCGCGUGGAUCACGGCGCUGAGAUCAUCACUCAGUCUCCGGGUCUGUCUCCUCACCACAUGUCGUCAUCUGGCAGCAUCAACUUGCUCGAGUCCCCACAGCUGGCCACACUCGCUGAGGAUGUCACAGCUGCUCUGGCCAAGCAGGGACUCUAAAGGAAACAAAACAAAACAAAACAAAACCUUCACCAUCCUCCAUAACGCUCAGCUAUGUCAUCAGCUCAACCCCUCCCAUCUAUAUAUAAAUAUAUAUAUAUAUAUAUACAGCAGUUCCCUCUAGUGGUGUCGCAGUAGUGUCUAACGACCCUCUGAACGUUUCUGGGACACUGCAUUUAGCCCCCAACAUCAUCUCAUCCACAUCACACUCUUUAUCUGUCACCGGAACGAGAGCAGCCACCCGGAGCUGGAGCGGACUUUAACACAGAAGGAGGAGAAAUCGGUGAAAAAAAAAAAAAACAAAUAAAGAAUUGUUGUUGGAUUUUUAUUCUUAUUUUAUGGUAUUUCAAUCAUUUUUAUUCUAGGAUUCCAGUUAAUUAGCUAGAAAAGUACAGUGCUUUUAUUCUCCCUGUAUGUCGUGUGAUUAUAUUUUUCUUUCUCUUUCUCCUUUUUUGGAUUAAAGUGGUGUACAGAUGCUGAACUCACAUCGGGUUUAGCGUUAGGAAAAGAAAGGAGAAUGAUUUUGGGCAGCUGUUUCCUCCUCGUUCUUUUGCGCAGAGUCAGUGCAUGGAGUCCAAACCCCGUCUCUUGAAAAAAAAUAAAUAAAUAGAAAUUCGCUCACCUGACCAACAAAACGAGAUACAAUGUAUAUUAAUAUAUUUAUAAUUAUGCUGAUGAUUUGUCAGCAGCAUUUCUUGAUCACAUAAUAAUAAUAAUAAUAAUAAUAAUAAUUCUUCAAUAACGUAGUAUCUGUACAAAGACAUGAUCGCAAAUGAAAAAAGGAAACAAUGGUGAUGCGCAUGUGUCAAUUCUAGUAUUAAAAAAGAGCUAUUUUCUAUUUCGAGUACGGAUUUAGUAAGUUAUUUGCUAAGUCAAUGGACAAAACGAACACUACAUGUUUUUAGCUAUUAGUCACGACAAUGUUAUGCUUGUUUGAUCAUUUAAAUUACUGUGUUGGCUUUGCCCAGGGGUCCAGCCAUCAGACACACACCUUACAUCAGCAGUUAAAGGAACACUCCAGUGUUUUUCAACCUCAUAUCUAUAGUGUGCAUGUGAUUACUACAGACGGGAAUUUCAACAUACUUUUCUCGCAUUGACAAAAGAACACAAGUUCUGCUUACUUCAGAAGUACUUUAUAAUCGAAGUUGAAUUCAAACAAUAAACCAUGAAACAUGAAAACUACAACAGUUUAAUGGUGUUAAUGGUGUAUAACGAUAACGGCGUUAGAAUAGGACAGGUAUGAGAAAAGGUUUUUGCAAAACAUUCCAGUGAAUCCAGUAGAAAAUAUUUCUGGUGAAGUUUUUUGGUUUCUAGGUGUUGCUUACAUAACCACUAAUUCUUUGGUCUGAAAAAGCAUUCCAUGGGGUCUCAGAAAGGAUGAAUAAUACAUAUCAUUAUAAUUAUGUAAUAUUUGUUACACGCAGUAUACACCGAUCAGACAUAACAUUGAAACCACUGA